AUGCGGGCUGUGAUGACCGCGGCGGGUGGCUCGGGCAACCCUGGUCUCAUCAAGAUGGGCGAGACGCACAGCGACAAGGCGGGCAAAAUGUCGGAAAAGAGCGACUCCAAAACCCAGCUGUCCGAAGGUGUAGAGUUCGUAGCACCGCUGGACAACUCACGCUAUCCGUCCUUUUCCAACACCGUCGGCCCCUCGCUCCGGAGAGCGCGCACGACGGUGGGGUCCGGCCCUUCCAUGAUCUCGCGGAGAACGUCAUGGUCCUCGACCAGCCAGCGCGUCGAGCGGAGGCUCCGCCGCCCGUUUACGCAGCUCAAAGAGCGCGCCCGCCACCAGCUCAUCCACCCGUCCAUCCCCCGAAAGACGCCCGAGGCCGAGGAAGAGGAGGAAGGGCACCCCCGCGAAUCCCCUUGCUCCUGCACGGUGGAAGACAUCUUGUCCGCCGACCUGCCGGACGACAGCGUGGAAUCCGAGUUCCCGCGCUACGACAGCAUCGAAGCCUACUGCAUCACGGAUCAUGAAGCCGUGUCGGAGAAGCUCUGGCGCGCCGAGGCCGUCCGCCUGCACCACUACGUCUGCCACCCCAACGACCCCAUCCGCUUCGACAACCGCGACUACUUCAGCGUCGGCGACGAGGCGGGCUACAGCCUGCUCAACGGGCUCGCGGAAAAGAUCAACACCGCCAUCGCCCUGUGCGCGCUGGAUCUCGAGUGCAUCCACGUGCGCUUCUGCAAGAACCUGUCGAACCGCGACCGCCUGCUCAAGCUCAUUCGGCAAGCGCAGGUCGCCGGCGCCGCCAAGACGGAGGGCGAGGACGAGGACGGGACCAUGUCGGACGAGGAAGUCGAGAAGCAGAUCCGGGAGCACAACGCCACGUUUGACCUCAUCAACUACAUCUCCGCCGUGCUGGCGCGCCUCAUCACGCAGUCGGGCGCGGGCGAGUUCUACCAGACCACGGUGCUGCGCGCGCUCGUCACGCGCGUGGCCAAGAUCAAGCUGCUGCUGCUGGACCUGCCGUCCAACGCGCGCGUGGCGGCGCAGAACGGCGAGGCGGUCCUGGAUAUGAGCCGCGCGACGGGCGCGUACGCCGACACCGUCAUGGACGAAGAGGAGGAGUGCGAGGAGGCGAUGCGCAUCGUCGCGGCGAAUGCCAAGGAUGGCUUGACGUCGCAGGCGGAGGCGGCGGUGGCGAGCUAUUGCAUUCGUCAGAAUAAGUACCGCACGGGUGUGACGUCGGCGCUCAAGUCGGUGACGAAUUCGCUCCGGUUUUUGAAUCGGUCGGGGUUGCCGCCGACGGCGUACGAGAUUUGCGGGCUGGUGUACGAUAGCGGGUUUCAAGGUUUCAAGACACUGCUCUAUCAGGAUCGAGACAUGGAAUACGAGGCUACUUCGGACCAAGACAACAUUAACACGGCGGACUGCGCGUUUCACAUCCUACACUCCACGGUGCUGCAGCUGAAGCAGCUCCGGAAAACAGGAGACCCGUCCGACCAAGUGGCGGACCGAAAAGUCAAGACGUUUAUCGAGUGGAAGUACCAAGUCAUGGACACGGACUGCAUCGACUGCGACACGGAAGACCGGACGGCCCUGGCGUCGCUGGAGCUGGAGUACAUGGACGACAUCAUCACCGCCAUGGUGCCGCUGUCCACGACGAGCCCGUACCUGGUCUCGGAGCUGACGAGCUUCCGCAGCAUCAUGCUGCUCAACUACUCCAACGAGAGCGACGACCACGUGCGCCCGUACAAGGAGACCAACUUCAAGGCCUUCUUCCGCCUCUUCACCGACAAGAUGGACGCCUACACCCGCUCGGCCGACGUGAUGCGUCUCUCGGCCGCGUUCGAGGACGGCACGUUUGACCGGUGUCGCCUCAUCGACCGCGCCGAAGUGGACGACGAGAAGCGCCGGCCCAAGAUCGACGCCGACACGUCGCGCAAGUUUGAGAAGCUCACGCGCAUGAUGGAGGAGGAGUGGGUGGUGGACGAGUCGGCCAUCAUCGUGCCGUGCACGCUCUACGUGGUCAGCAUCGGCGUCUUCGCCAUGCUGCUCGCGGGCGGCGGGCUCGCCAUCGGGUUCACCGUGGGCAACCGCAUCCAGGGCGUGGACCCCUUCAACAUCGCCACGUACGCCUGGGUGCUGGCCGCCUUUGUCAUCCUCAUCUGCAAGAGCGUGCUCGUGCGCGAGUGGAGCUGGAGCGAUUUCCUCCACUGCCGCGUGCGCUGCCGCUCCGUGUCCGAGCUCGAGGCCGUCACGGGGAUCCGCGACCAGCUCAUCAUCGCCAAGCUGCUGCACGAUGAGAGCGGCCACGGCAUCCUCUUUACCUGCGGGCCGUAUAAUUCGGUGUUUCAGCGCCGCGCCAAGGACAGCGGCUUCUCCAUCGACCGCCCCAUCAGCACCACCACCAUGCUCAUCAGCGGGCUCACUCCGCUCAAGGUCGUCACGCCCCGGGGCCCCGCGCUCGUGUGCUUGGACGCGCGGAGGGCCCUCAGAAAGAUUGGGCAGCAGGCCAACCGCCGAAAGCAACCUGCCGGAAGCGCAGGAAACCGCACCCCGGCGCCAGCGACAACCGAACCAGCACAAGCAAGCGGCGCUUCGUCGGCGAGCGACGCCAAAUCAGACGAGGCUGGCGAGUUUGUUGUUGUCCAACCUGCAAGCUCGGGCGAUGGAGAGGCAGCGGCAGCAUUAGCGGCAGUGGUGGUGGACGCAGAGAAGGGCCAGGGCGAGGGCCAGGGCGAGGGCCAGGGCGAGGAGGAGAAGCCUGUAUCAAAGGAGGGUGAAGCUACUGAGGAGCAGGCAUCAAAUGCGGGGGUAGACAAGGUCGAGGAGAAGGUUGAGGAGAAGACAGAGGAGAAGUCGGAGGAGAAGAAGAAGAAGAGGAAGAAAAAGAAGAAGAAGAGCGAGGAGAGCAGCGAAGAUAACAAGGGGAAUGAGGAGGAGGAGAAGGACGAGGGGGAGAAGAAGGAUGAAGAGGAGAAGAAAGACGAAGAAGAAAAGAAGGAUGAAGAGGAGAACAAGGAUGAAGAGGAGAAGAAGGACGAAGAAGAAAAGAAAGACGAAGAAGAAAAGAAGGAUGAGAAAAAGAAGAAGGAUGAGAAAAAGAAAAAGAAAAAUGAAAAGCCUAAGAAGAAUGAGAAGACGAAAGAAAAGGAAAAGAAGAAAGAAAAGGAAGAGGAGAAGAAAAACGACGACAACUCAUCAGAAGGAUGGACCGAUGUCGACGACGAUGACGACGACGACAGCGAUGAUGACGAAGAUGACGAAGACGACAGUGAGGAUGGCAGCGACGAUAGCGACAACGACGAGGAGGACGAAGACGAAGACAACAACGAUGAUAAAAUCGACAGCGACAGCGACAGCGACAACAACAACGACGAUGAUGAGGAUAACAAGUACGACCACAACCCCGAAGAGGUAGAAGACGACUCAAAGGCCCGUCUGGAAUGGCUCCGGCAGAAACCCAAGAUCUGGAGGCCCAAUCGAGGUCUCGACCGCAUCAUGUGCAUGGUAGGAUUGGAAAGCGUCAAACAAGCCUUCCUUUCCAUGAAAGCCGCCGUCGAGGCUUCGGAGCGGCGCGGAGAGACGACACACGGAAAAACCAUUGACUUUGACGUUACCGGCGGUCCGGGAACCGGAAAAUGGACCGUCAGGCAACACUUUACCUCAUUCAAGGACGACCUCUAUGACUGGGGAGAGGACGACAUCGACGUCCACAAGACCCACCGCAGCGACCGCACGAUCCACAUCGACGACUUUACCGACGCCGAGAUCCACACCCUCCUGCAGCGCUUGUUCCGCAAGCGCGGGCUCGAGGUCGAAGGCGGCGUCGGCGGCUGCUACACCGAGAGGCUAGCCCGCCGCAUCGGGACGGAGCGCGAGCUGGGCGAUUUCCGCAACUUCUGGGCCGUGCGCGACGCCUUCUCCGCUGCCUGCGACCGCCAGGCCGACAGGCUCUGGGUCGAGCGCGCCGCGUGGGAGGCCAAGGGCAGCGUCGAGGGCGAAGCGCCCGACGACCGGUUCCUCACCAAGGAGGAUCUGCUGGGCAAGCCGCCGCCGGACCUGCGGGUGACGAGCGCGGCGUACAAGGAGCUGCAGCAGAUGGUGGGCAUGGAGAACAUCAAGAGGGAGGUGGAGGCGCUCAUGGACCGCGCGAGGGUCAACUACAGGCUUGAGAUGAAGGGCAAGAAGCCCAUUGGCACGCAUUUCAACCGCGUCAUCAUGGGGUCGCCCGGCGUGGGCAAGACCACGGUCGCGAACCUGUACGCGCGGAUCCUGUGCGACUUGAACCUCGUCUCGAAAAAGGAGGUGAUUUUCGAAGAGGCCGCCGGCAAGGUGCUCAUCAUCGACGACGCCGACAACCUGUGCCCCUCGGAGAGCGCGGGCCAGUCGACAUUCAAGGGCGACCAGUACCUUUACGAUAUUCUCGACACCAUUGUCGCCAAGACCUCGGCCAAGCCCGGCCAGGACCGCGCCGUGAUCCUCGUCGGUUACCCGGAUGGCAUGCGCGAGCUGUUUGUGCGCGGGAACCCCGGUCUGCGCAGCCGCUUCCCGCUAGAGGAUGCCUUUGAGAUCAAGGACUACCCCGUGGGCGACCUCAUGACCAUCUUUGACAAGACUCUCUCGGCUGAGGAGCUCGAGGUGACGCCCAUGGGGAGGCAUGUGGCGGAGCAGGUGCUUGGGCGGGCGAGGGACCGGCCGAAUUUCGGCAAUGGGCGGGAUGUGGAGAAUUUGGUGAACCGCGCCAGGGCCGCUUAUAGGAAGCGGGUGGAUGGCGAAAGGGAGAAGAACAGGGCUGCGGUUACGACGACGACGACGGCGGCGGCGGCGGCGACGGUAGAGGCGGAAGCGGAUGUCGCCGCGGUCAAAGUGACUUUCCAAGUGACUGUUGAUGAUGCCUCCGAAUCGGACGGACCGCCCAACGUGGACCCUUCCGCCGCGGCAGUCCCCGAUACAAACAAGGAUGAAGCGCCCGCCACCACGGCAGCGACGGCAGACUCGGCUACGCAAAAGAAGGAAGAGGACGAAGAAGAAGCCUACCUCCUCGCCUUGGACGACCAAGUCGUGCUGGAGCCCGAUGACUUUGACCCCGACUGGCGGCGCACCGACGGCGCCGGAUCCACGUGCGAGGACCUGUUCAAGGAAUUCGUCGGCUUCGACAAGGUCGUGCAGCAGUUCAAGGGCUACCAGCAAAUCGCGGCCGGCAUGCGCCUGCACGGGCGGGACCCCCGCCCCUACGUGCCCUUCACCUUCAUCUUCAAGGGCCCGCCCGGCACGGGCAAGACGUCGACGGCGCGCAAGAUUGGCCAAGUGUUUUACGACAUGGGCUUCCUCGCCAGCGACGAGGCCCUCAUGGAGCGCGCCCUGGGCAAGAUCCUCUUCGUCGACGAGGCCUACCGCCUCGGCGGCGGCGGCACCGACUCCUUUGAGGAGGAGGCCGUGGGCGAGCUGGUCGACGGCCUGACCAAGGAGCGCUACAUGCGGAAAAUGGUCGUCAUCCUCGCCGGCUACAGCGGCGACAUGGACGCCCUCAUGAAGUCCAACCGCGGCCUGCGCGGCCGCUUCUCCACCGAGGUCGUCUUCCCCCAGCUCACCCCGGCCCAGUGCCUGCUCUUCCUCGGCCAGCUCCUCGGCAAGCUCGGCAUCGCUAUCCGCGAUAGGGUCGCCCCCGCACCCGAGGAUAAAGCAAAGGUUCAGCGCCUCUUGGCCAAGCUCGCUGGGACCCGCGACUGGUCCAACGGCCGUGACGUCGAGACCCUCUCGCGCCGCAUCGUCGGCGACGUCUUCAUGUCCGAGGGGAAAAAGGGCCGCAAGUCGGGCAGGCUGCAGGUCUCGACUCCGGAUAUGAUUGUAUUUUUGCAGGAUAUGCUGCGGGAGAGGCUCGCGGCCGAGUUGCAGGACCGCGCGUGA